GCCCUGACACCCCACGCGUCGAGAGUCCAGGCCUGAAUCGCCCGUGAUGCUCGACAUGGAAUGGAAAGGGCAAAGUAGGAUCGCGUGCGCCUUGCUCAACUACUCAUAAGGUCGCCCUCAUCCCUUUGUCAUGCCCCGAAGAAUCCUUUUCGAUUUUUUCCAUUUGGUAUUCUUUCACCCUCUUCUCCCUCGACUUUUCAAAGCGCGCUGCUUGCAGGCGCCUUCUGGUCGUCUGCUGUUUGCUCGAUGCACAGUACAUACCAUACCACGGGCUGUUCUGACCGCAAGGGUGUUCUGCCACUGUUUGUUCCUCGCCGCAUCCGGCUCCUGAGUUCUUGCAAUUUCCUUGCUUGACUUUUUUUGGCCUUUUUCUGCCAGGAUUUCCCCUUCUAUAUCCCUCUCCUUGAAAGGGGUGCAGAAUCGCGACAAGGCCGAAGAGACGAUGAGGUCAUCCACACGCGCAUUUCUGUCCGCCGUGGCAUCGGUGGUGUUGUUGGGCGCAUCUACCGUCGCAGCACAAGGGUUGGAGGAGGUCCUCGGGAAGCAGGCAAAUCUGACGACCUUCCGCCGCUUGGUCAAGGAACAUGAAGGCAUCUUCUCGAAGCUGUCUGAAUCAGGUGUUACGAUCCUAGCUCCGAGUGACUCGGCCUACCUCAAGGGCCAGGGCUGGGACUCGAACAAGGACGAGAUCACCGUCGCGCUGCAGUACGGCGUCCUCAUCGGCAGGGUAUCCUUCGGCGCCCUCUUGCCCGGCAACUCGACCCUCCACUCGACCCUCCUCACGGACGCGCGCUUCUCCAACGUCACGGGUGGCCAGCAGGUCCUCGUCACCAAGCAGCCCAACGGCGACGUCGUCGUGACGUCGGGCAUGGCGUCGCGCACGACGGCGCUCGAUACCGACAUCCCCUUCGACGGCGGCCUCGUCCAGGUCAUCGACAGCCUCAUGGUCUCGCCGGCCCGCCUCGAGAGGACCGCCCGCGACGCGUACCCGGAGUUCACGUCCUUCCUCGGCGCCCUCUACAUGGCCGGCCUCGUCAACGAGUUCGCCGAGACGAAAAACGUCACCGUUUUCGCGCCGCGCAACGCCGCCUUCCAGCGGGUCGCCGCCACGCUCUCCGGCAUGGACCGCGAGGCCCUCCGCCGCGUGCUGCGGUACCACCUCGUGCCCUCGGCCGUCGCGCAGGCGUCAUCGCUGGCCAACGGCACGCGGCUCGCCACCGCCGUCGACGGCGAGUCGCUCGACGUGACGCUCUACAACAACGACGUAUUCGUCGACUCGGCGCGCAUCAUCCAGACCGACAUCCUCGUCGCCAACGGCGUCUUGCAGAUGAUCGACGCCGUGCUCAAUGUCGACGCGCGCAACGUCGUGCCCAACGUGACGGCCGUCUCGCAGGCGCCCGUCUUCACGGUCACAGGGACGGCGGACGUGGGGACCGCGGCGCCGACGCCCUUUGUUUCGGCGCUGCCGUGCACCGCGGGCUGUCCGGUGACUGGCGGCGGCGGCGGAGGAGCUGGUGGUGAUGGGGCCGGACGGACGGCGACUGCCGGAGUGGCUCAGAGUUCCAGCACCGGUGGCGCCGCCGCCGCCGCCGCGAGGUGCACCGGCGGUCUGGUCAGAGCAGCAGCUGCUGGAGUGGGGUUGGGUCUAGCUGUGGGAGCAAUGGGCGUCGCCCUCUGAAAUGGUUGGGAGGAAGAAUGCAUGAAUACAGGCAAGACGUGCUGUGGCUGUGAUGGUCAAAGACACGGUAGGAGAGUUCGACCGAAGUGGACUUUCUUCACCUUGGACGGUCAAAGACAGCGAGCCGAGAGGUAGAGGCCGCGGUGUGCUGCCCUUUCUGGAUAUACAAAUACUUGGAGUAGCGGAUGCUGAUAUACCCGGGCACGAUUUGAGUGAGCGGCUGUCGAGCCUCGUUUAGUGUGUUGCUCUUCCCCGCUCCUCUUCUCUCCCUCCUCUUCUUCUGCAAAGGAAUGACAGGUUGGCUUUCGUAUGUCUGAAGCCCGGGGAAAGACGGGGGUAUCAUACUCCCACCGGCCACACAUUGGUCUGAGAUGAGUAACCACCAAUGGGCAAUCAUCCCACUC